AUGAUAUCAUUAGCACCAUCCACUUCAGUAGCAUCAACAUCAACAUCAACAUCAACAUCAACAGAAUCUAUCUCUUCCUCUGUGUUGAGCUUCACUCCUCUAGAUGAUAUCGAUAUUAGAAUUAAAAGAUCCAAAGAAUAUUUCAAUUUAAAACAACAACAAUUGGCUCUAGAGAAUAAGUCAUUGAAGUACGAAAUACGAGAUCGUCAAAAUCUUUUGAAACGACUCUAUUUUGCCAUUAAGGAUAAUGAAGAACUAAUCAUUUUGGCUAUGGAAAAGGAUUUCAAUAGAUCACGACAAGAAACUAUCUCUUUAGAAUUUGUCAAGCUAUUAAAUGAUAUCUUACAUAUAAUAGAAUCGUUACCCAAAUGGAUGUCCAAUAAGAAAGUCAAUGACUGGUCCCCUGUUGGUAUGUUUGGUAAUAUUCAAAUACAAAAUAUUGCGUUGGGUACUGUCUUGAUCAUUGCACCAUUCAAUUUCCCUCUUCUUUUGGCUUUAUUGCCCGUCGUGUAUGCCAUCUCUGGUGGGAAUUCGGUCAUUUUAAAACCAAGUGAAUUGACACCAAAUACUGCUAACAUCAUUGAACGUAUUGUAGAGCAAUCACAAUUACCUUCGGGGCUAGUGCAAAUCAUUCAAGGUGGUGCUGUAGAAAAUACAAAAUUGAUCAACUCAGGAGAGUUCGACAAGAUCUUUUACACGGGAUCUCCAAGAGUAGGUGCCAUCGUGGCAGAAGCCGCAGCCAAGAGUUUGACGCCUUGUGUCCUAGAACUGGGUGGUAAAUCACCCACUUUUUUCACUCAGAAUUUGAAUAGAUCACAUUGGGAAACAGCUUUGAAAAGAAUCUUUUUCGGGUCCUUUGCCAAUUCAGGGCAAAUAUGUGUCAGACCAGAUUACUUGUUAGUACAUUCUUCCAUCUAUAAAGAUGUCGUUAAAUUAGCCACUCAAUUGCUUCAUGAGAUGUUCCCCUUGAUCGAUUCUCAAACUGAAUUUACCCAUUUGAUUAACGAUGACUCUUAUAAAAGAACUACUAUUAAAUUGAAAACUACAAACUCAAAUAUAAUUCAAGCAAAGAUCGAUGAAUCGUCUUUGCAAGGCUUGAAUUUGGUCCCACCAACAUUAUUAAUAGAUUGUGAUUGGGAUGAUAGUUUUAUGAAAGAGGAAAAUUUUGCUCCCAUUUUACCCAUCAUCAAAUAUGAUAAUCUAGAUAAAACUAUUGACAAGAUCAUGACCUUCCACGACACUCCAUUAGCUGAAUAUAUCUUUUCAGAUAAUUCAACAGAAAUCAACCAUAUCCUAACAAGAUUAAGGGCAGGUGAUUGUAUGGUUGGUGAUACCAUCAUUCAUGUCGGGGUCCCCGACACCCCCUUUGGUGGUAUUGGUACUUCCGGGUAUGGUAACUACGGUGGUAACUAUGGGUUUAGUGCAUUCACUCAUGAAAGAACCGUUUUCAAACAACCUUAUUGGAUGGAUUUAGCCUUGUCAAUGAGAUAUCCUCCUUAUUCGAUCACAAAGAGACAAUUGGCUCAAAUCGCUACUGAAAGAAAGCCUUGGUUCGAUAGAGAUGGUAACGAUAAGUUUCCAUUGUGGAAAGCCAUUCUAAUACCAAUCGGAUUAAUCAUGGUCUCUUUGCUAACCAAAAAAUAUAUAUCUUCAUGA